CCACCACCAAAUAAAAAUGGCGGACCGCGAACGCAUCGUCUACUCGCAUGGCGGCAGCAGCGGUCGCCAUCACGGCUCUCGGCACCACAGGUCCCAUUCCUCUAAUGCGGCUGCUGCAGGAGAGGCAGACUCGGCUGCAGCAUCACACUACUAUUCCAGGCCGGCCGCCUACGUCACCACUGCCUCAAGCAAAGACCCCUCAACAACACGCAAAUACUUCCUCGACGCACCGGACGGAAGACCCCGAGAAGAUAGCAGGACACGACGGUCGACGUUUGACUCGACGGGUCGCCCGCCUGUGAUUGUCACCACGCGGAAGCGCGACCGCCAGCCCCGAGACACCAGAAGCCCCGUCCGCGAGUCCGAGUACUACUCUAUUCCUGCGUCGUCGUCGUCCAAGUCCCGCCGGCCGGGGGAGAGCCGGUCGUCGAGAUAUACGCCGCGGGCUCCGCGGGUGCAGCACGACCACUAUGACAGGCCGCCUGUUGUGUACCCGAGUAGUCCGCAGCAUAGCGCUGCCUCGAUUGACUAUGGCGACGCUGGGUACAAGUACACCACGGUGGGCGAGCUGGUCAAGUACGAUUUGGACCAUCCACAUCAGCGUGUUUCCCAUAAUGUUAGCUCACGAGACGGCCGCAUGAGGGCACCAAGUGCGGUUCCCGUGCACAGAUAUGAGCCGUCGUUUGAUGACCAUGAGCGCCUGCACCAACGGCGUGAGCAGCGGAUGCCGGAGCGGGAGCACUAUUAUGUCCCGUAUAUAGAUGAAGAUGGGCCCAGAGCGGGCUUGAGACCGCGGCCGGCAUCUGUGUCGCAGCGCCCGGUUGGGCAUCAUUCACACUCAGACCGCGCGGAGAGCGAGGAUCGGAGGCGGUACGAGGCCGAGCAACGCUUUCGGGACGAGCAGGUGGCUGAUCGAGGAUUUGGCAUUCGCAUGCCGCCGCAUGGACAUGCCCAUAUACAUUCGCAUUCACAUUCACAUUCACAUGGGGACCAUAGACAGAGGAGUCCGGUGAGAGAUGGCCCGGCAAGGCGGCUAGAUGUGCCGAUGCCAGGAUACUCGGCUACCCAUCCUAGGGAUCCGAUAACCGUGACUACUACAGGGCCAAGGGAGCCAGGUUUGGGUAGCUAUCGAGAGCCGAGCUCUGCAGGCCCCAGCUUUAGAGAGCCAAGUUCAGCGACUGCGACUAGCUAUAGAGAACCCAGUUCUGCAGGUCCCAGCUUUAGGGAACCGAGUUCAGCAACCACAGGUAGUUUUCGGGAGCCAAUGGCUGCAACGACGGGUAGCUUUAGGGAGCCAACGUCAGCUGCAACUAAAGGUGCAGCCCACGCAGCCUUUGUCAGUAUGCGCGAGAAGCCCAGCUCAGCAACAACAAGCUACAGGGAGCCCAGCUCGGCGACAUCGAGUUUCAGAGAAUCCGGUUCGGCGACGGCGAGCACCAGAGACACUGCGAGCACUCGCGAGACAAAGGCCAGCUCCAGCUCCAAGUCAGACGACUACGUAGCCCAAGCAGCACUUACAGGCUUGGGUAUCAUUACCGGCGGCCUCGCCAAGUCGGAGAGCCGUCCCGCUAAGACAGAGGCUCCACGACAGGACAAGAGAGAUAGUUACCAAGAGGAGCCUAGGCCGCGCGAUGUGGUGGAUGCACCGGUGCCCAGCCCCAAGCGGGACAUUUUGGAGUCGUCUAGCAAACACGACAUGCUCGAUUCGCCACGGACGGCACAGAAGAAGCGUGCGUCGUUUAAUCCUACAGAUACGGAUGACCUGGCGGCUCUCCGACGAGACUUGGCCGCUAUGCGUGCGAGGGACGAUGCCCCGGAGAGGGAGGCACCCGUACGAGUUGUAAAAGACGAUACGCCUCCAAGAACUACACGCGAGGAUGGACCUCCAAGAACAAGAAGAGAGGACAGCCCUCCUAGGACUACAAGAGAGGAUGGACCUUCAAGGGUUACACGAGACGACAGUCCUCCAAGAACCAGAAGAGAGGACAGCCCGCCUCGAACCAGAAGAGAAGAGGAACUUCCGAUGGCUACAAGAGAGAACGGCCCCACUAGAACUACACGCGAGGACGGGCCUCCCCGAACUACGCGAGACGACAUCAAACGGGAGAGUCUUGACGGGGCAUCCAAGAGACUCAGCUAUGAGGAUACCAGCAAACGACAUAGCCCCGAGUAUCCCCCAGAUCGCGUAGACGAAGAGCCUCGCCCACGUCGCCGCUCUCCAGAUGGACACUACUCUUCGUCACGCCGCUACUCUGAAGACGAGGAACCGCGACGCCGGUACUCGCCACAGGAGGGCGACGUCCGAAGCUCGCGCCACUACUCCAUUGACGACGUCCGCUAUUCUCAAGUGCCCCCGUCUUCCCGCCACUACCCUGUUGACGAAGACACGCGCCGUCCGCACUCGCCAGAGAAUGGAGACAGCCGCGGGCGUGAACUGGCCAUUAUUUCGGCGGCAGACGACCGCGUUGUGUCCCCUGCGCGGGACAAGCGUGACGCACGACCACUGCGAGGCAUCCUCAAGCAACCAAAAGUGCGCUUCCCCGAGGAGAGCAAUCCGAUCCGCGAAGGCGUAGCCCCACACAAGGAAGACAAGAAGAUCAAGGAUGUGCCGCCGGGUGCACGGUGGACCAAGAUUAACCGCAAAAUUGUGAAUCCAGAGGCCCUGACGAUUGGCAAGGAGCGGUUCGAGGUGCGGGACGACUUUGUGAUUGUGCUGCGGGUGCUGGAUAAGGAGGAGAUUCAGGCGUAUGCGGCGGCGACGCAGGUCCUUCGAGAGAGACGACGGGCUGGUGAUCCGUAUGAGCCGCCAGAGAGGCACGAUGACGAAGAGGAUGACGAGGAUGAUGAUGAUGAUGAUGACGAAGAAGAAGAAAAGGACAAAAAAGACAAAAAGUAGUUGAGAUAUCGUGAUGUUCGUUUGUCGUGUGCCGUACAAAAGUCGGACUUAGCAAAGUUGGUUUGGAUAUACCCGUCAUUACAGAACUCUGUAUAGCAGUGUAUAUAUGCCCAGACACGGGUGCCAAUGCCAUCUAUUCGGUUGGAUUUU